GUAUUUUCUUUACCUUUUACACAUUACUUGGUGUUUGCCUUGCUUCUUCUUCUUCAUCGCUCUUUCUUUUCCCUGGUGGUCGGCUGUCUUUUCUUGUCCACAAUCUUUAUUUUAAUAGCUAGUAUUGCUACUAUAAAGUCACCCGUCGAUCCUUCCAGUCGAACCAGCAAGAAUCUUCUCCCCCCGCUCAUUACAAUGGCUCCCAUCACGAAGUGCCUUGCUUUUCUCUCUCUUGUGCUCUCGGCUGCUGCCCUCACUUCCCCUCACAUCUCCAGCGAUGUUUUCAAUCACCGUCGCGCUCUUACCCAUGUCAACGUACAGGCAGUCACCGAUAGUCAAGUCGAUGCUCUGCCGGCUCCCAAACGUCAGCGUGCCCUGAACAAACGCUGCGUACCUAAAUCAUCUGGUAACUCCACUGUAUCCUCUUCCUCGACAUCGGCCUUCGCUUCCGUUUCUGCUACAAGCGUCCCGGUUAACGUUGCUCCAUCACCUGUUGUAACCCCCUCUGCCCAUUCCUCAUCCGCUUCGGGGGUAACUCACGAAGCUUCCACUCCUUCGGCCACACCUACGCCCACGCCUACACCUUCCCCCAGUACCACCAGCGAGGCUGCGCAGACUACCUCUGCAUCUAGUGGUGGUGCUCCGGAUGGGUACCUCAGUGGCAUCAACGCUGGGCAGGGCACGUACUACGAGACCGGUCUUGGUGCUUGUGGUAUCACAAAUACCGACAGUGACUACAUUGCUGCUGUCUCUCACCUGUUAUUUGAUGCCUACCCUGACUAUGAUGGUGUGAACCCCAACACCAACCCUCUCUGCAACAAGCAAGUUACUGCUACUUACCAGGGCAAGACUGUAACAGUUAAGAUCACUGACCGGUGCACGGCCUGUGCGCUUAGAGACCUUGACUUCUCCCCCGCUGCAUUCAGCACACUUGCGGAUGAGUCAUUGGGGCGCAUCAACAUCGACUGGUCCUGGAGCUAAACGUCUCGCUCUCGUUACGCCUUUAUGCUUCCGCGACAAACGGCCAUAUAAUGUCUGCUAUGUUUUUAUUCGUUAUUCUUGCGGUCAAAUGGUUCAAGGUAUAUAUGUUCUGACUGCUUUCACGCCGGACGUCUCUCUGCUAGCAGAGAGCUUGGGAUCGCUGUCGAUUUUGCUAUUCCCGCAUACCCACACAUACGUGCUACGUACUUAGAUCACUGGCUGAUUUCUAUAUACCUAGUUGAUGGGCUGGAAUGAGCGAUUGUUGCCUGCUUGCAGUGCUUUUUCUUCUUGGCAGGCCUAGCUUUGGUUUAGGUCUUAUUGUGUAAUUUGUAUAAUAAAGUGGAAUAUAGAUGCCUGCUAUGUAACAUGUAAA